GCUCUGUUUUUCACCGGAGCUUUUUUCCUUGAGAAAAUGAAAUCCAUGAGUCAAGACCCACAAAUAUAAAUUUGCUAAAACCGACCACUUGCAAUAAACCAAAUAUUUGUUCCCAGAAUUCCUUUGACGACAAAAUUUACUGUUUCUUCAAAUCUGAUUAUCUGACAUCGAUUCUAUGAUCUGCUAACAGUUCAUAUGCGUCUGUUCCGGGAGGAGAGAAACCCGUUGUUCACCUACCUCCGCUGCCUCGAUCAAUGGUCUUGCCGUCUGCUGUCCCUGGUCGCGGGAAUUCUGACCAGAUAUCUCCCUCCCCUGACGCUAAUGCCCACCACAUUAGCAUCGAAAAGAAGGGAGCAGAAACUAUGUUAGCUGAGGCAAGGGGAAGCUGCUCCAGCGUUGGGAAAAAACGAAAACUAUCACGCCUUCAGAAAGCAAAGGAAGAAUUCAAGAGGAUGAAGGCGGCAGUUAAGGAGAAGAGAGAAGAAACAGAUCAAAUGCAACAACAGCUAAUGGCAGAAACAGCAAAAAUGGAAGCUGCCGCGGAAAGAUUUGAGUCGGAGCUUGCUCAUGGUUGGGCUGAGAAUGAGUUGAUGAUGGAGCAAAACCUACAAGAUCAACAUCUUCUGAUGCUCUGCUGGGGAUAUAUUUCUUAGAUGCAGAUGAUGGUCCUGUGUAUUGAGAUGUUGCCUUAGCGAAGCAGAAAUAGAUAGAGAAAUAGUAU